AUGACGCACAUCAAAGGCUCAUUUGUGUUAACUCGCUCACCUACAAACAAUGCGAAUGUUCAUAUAUUUGACAUACCCAAACAAUUCCCCUUGGCUACUUCUUUUAAACAAAAACGGCAGAGUUUUUCAAUUGAUAAAAUCCAUGACAAGCGAUCAACUGUUUCGCAUAACUCAUACGGUUUGGAUGGCAGCGACGAUGAGAAUGGCUUCGAGCAAUUGCGAACUGAUAAAAGUUCAUUAUUUCCGGAUGCUUUAUAUAACUCCGAUCUGGAUGAUGAUGAUGACAAUGAAGUCAUCAAAACAAAUAAAGCUGCUUCUGCUGAAGCGUUAUAUUUAUCUAGUUGUGAAAAGUAUGGUGUCAAGCCUUCAUCUAUAUUUAUCAAUAUUAUAAAAAAUGGAGAAACAUGUGUGAGUAUUUGUCAUGCAAGCAUGAGUCCAAUGGAUAUUAAAGCGAUGGUAUCCUCUUUGGAAGUAUGCUCCUCAAUCACAAAGUUAAAUCUAAGUGGAAAUGAACUUGGUUCGCUUGGAACGAUUCAUCUAGCUAAGUUAAUCAAGCAUAAUAGAUGUAUCACUGAAUUGAAUUUAUCUCACAAUAAUAUUGGGCAGAAGGGCUGUGAAGCGCUUUGUCAAUCGCUUCUCUUCAAUUGUAUGGUAAGUACAUUAAUUCUUGAUGGUAAUCAUUUAGAUGAUAAAUGUGCUAUAUAUCUGGCUGAAUUACUCGCAUCACACAAAUACCUUAUUCACGUUAGUUUAUCGAAAAAUCUUUUCGAGAGCACAUCAGCCGCACAAUUGUUUGCCGAAGCAUUAAGUAAUAAUGAAUCAGUAGAACACUUGGAUGUUUCAUUCAAUCAUUUUCAACAAAAAGCAACUGCAGUAUUUAUCACAUUUCUAUCAAAAAACUUCCGAUUACGAUCGCUCAAUUUAUCUUAUUCAAGUUUUGGUCUAGGCGCAUCGAAGGCAUUUUCUUUAGCAAUGCAAACUAAAAUUUCACAAUUGGAAAAGUUAGAUUUAUCAUCGAAUAUCAUCGACGAUUCAUGCGCUCCGUAUUUAGCCAAUGUAUUGAGUACAAAUGAAUCUUUGAGAAAAUUGAAUCUAAUGCAGAAUCCUCUCAGUGUUGAUGGAUGUUACACUUUAUUAAAACCGUUGCAAACGAUGCCAACAUCUCAACUGGAAACUAUUGAUAUACGUGACAUGUCUAUCAAGAGUGAAGCAUUUAUAGUUUUAGCAAAUGAUUUAGAAGAUCGACUCCCAAAAUUACGUAUUCAACGCGGAGAAAAACAACCAUAUCCGAGUCUUACGUAG